AUGGACUCAGUCAGCCUCUCCUCACGGGAAUACGAAUUCAACAACUACUCCAUCGAACCCCUCGAGAUCUAUGAAGACCCCUCCGGUCUCCUGCACGGAGGCGUAGGUUCAACAGUCUGGGAUACAGCAAUCGUCCUCUCCAAAUACCUCGAGAAAUCAAACAUCCUCGCCACAUCUUCCGCAACCGCCUCAAGAUCAAAACGGACAACCCUCAACAUCCUCGAACUCGGAUCAGGAACUGGACUCGUCGGUUUGGCAGUCGCUAGGAUGUUGAGUGCCACAGGUCAGAAAGCUAGGAUCGUCUUGACGGAUAAGGCUAAUGUUUUGCCGUUGCUUCAGAGGAACAUGGAAAAGAAUCCUGCGGAGGGGGUUGAACUGGAGGCGCGGGUCUUGGAUUGGGAGGCUGUUAGUGGGGUUAGGGCUAAAGCUAUCGCAAAGGCACCAGACUCGGAAGCAGACCAAUCUUCAUCAGAGGAAACAGUGUCUGCGACGGAACCAGAAGCAACAACUACAUCAGAACCAUCAUCAUCUCCAGUGGCAACAACAACUACAGAAUCACCUAACGCGGACGACAUAGUAUCAACAGAAUGGGACCUAGUCAUUCUCAGCGACUGCAUCUGGUUCCCGGCACUCUACGCACCCCUCAUAGGAACACUCAUCCGCCUCCUUGGACCCGAAACCGCAUCCUCUUCAAAACUGAUUGUCGCGUUUGAGAAGCGUAACUUUUCAGAAGAGAUGGAAUUCUUUGCGACGCUCGGCAAGUCCUUUACGUUCAGGGAUGUUAAGCCAGAAGAGCAGGACCCCAGUUAUCAAAGUGACGAUAUCUUUUUGUUUCUCUGUCAGCGUCGUCCCUUGGAUCAAUAA